AUGGCUUCCAAGCAAAUGGUCGCCGCGGCAGUGAUAGCGUCCGCGAUCGCCAUCGUCUUCCUCCCCGCGCUCGCCUCCGCCACGGAUCACGUCGUGGGCGAUGGCUAUGGCUGGACGCUCGGGUUCGACUACGCCGCCUGGGCCGAGAGCAAGCAGUUCACGGUCGGUGACACGCUAGCGUUCAAGUACAGCGCUAACUCCCAUAACGUGGCGGAGGUGAGCGGGGCGGACUUCAAGGCGUGCACCAAGGCCGCGGCCACCUCCGUCUGGAACUCCGGCAAGGACGUCGUCGCCCUCGACAAGCCGGGCCGGAGGUGGUUCAUCUGCGUGGUGGGCCAACACUGCCGGCUCGGCAUGAAGCUCAACGUCACCGUUCUCCCCGGCACGCCGGCCCCUGCGCCGGCGCCGGCGCCGUCUCAUUCUCAGUCUCGGCGCUUCCUCUCCGAGUGGUGA